AUGCCCCAGCACCUGACGGGGAUCAGGCCCUUCACCUCCAUGCCCCAGCUGGCCCACCCCAGGGCACCCCUGCCCGUGUCCCCCAGCCAGAGAGGGCCCCUCGGCACACCGACGGGCCACGGCCCCCUGGACCCCUGUAGCCAGCCUCUGUGCGAGUCCAGGGCUGGGAAGCGCGGCCCGGGCCCCGCCCGCGAGGUGCGUUACGUGUCCACAGAGCCAGCGGACACGGCCUGCGGCUGGUGUACCUUUGCGCCCGAGUGCCUGCAGGCCUUCAACACGGCGCGGGGCGUGCUCCUGUUCCUGUGCCUGGCGUCCUUCCUGCAGGGCAUGACCGUGAACGGCUUCAUCAACACCGUCAUCACGUCCAUCGAGCGGCGCUUCGACCUGCACAGCUACCAGAGCGGCCUGGUGGCCAGCGCCUACGACAUUGCUGCCUGCCUCUGCCUCACGUUCGUCAGCUACUUCGGCGGCUCCGGCCACAAGCCCCGCUGGCUGGGCUGGGGCGUGCUGCUCAUGGGCCUGGGGUCAUUCGUGUUUGCACUGCCCCACUUCACCGCCGGCCGCUACGAGGUGGAGGUGGCCGAGGAGGUGGCCGCCUGCCGGGGCAACCACAGCAUCGCCUGCGUUGACAGCAACUCGGGCCUGUCCCACUACCGGCUGGUCUUCAUGCUGGGCCAGUUCCUGCACGGUGCCGGUGCCACGCCGCUCUACACACUGGGCGUCACCUACCUGGACGAGAACGUCAAGUCCAGCUACUCGCCCAUCUACAUCGCUGUCUUCUACACCGCAGCCAUCCUAGGCCCGGCAGCCGGCUACCUGGUGGGAGGUGCAUUACUGAACAUCUACACGGAGGUGGGCCAGCGGACGGAGCUGACCACCGAGAGCCCACUGUGGGUCGGUGCCUGGUGGGUCGGAUUCCUGGGCUCUGGGGCCGCUGCCUUCCUCCUCACCAUCCCCAUCCUCGGCUACCCGCGGCAGCUGCCAGGCACCCAACGCUACGUGGUCAUGAGAGCAUCGGAGACCCAGCAGCUCAAGGACGGUGGGCUCCGGACCACGGCCAACUCCGACUUCGGGAAGACCGUGAGGGACCUACCUCUCUCCAUCUGGCUCCUCCUGAAGAACCCCACGUUCAUUGUGCUCUGCCUGACUGGGGCCACAGAGGCCACACUCAUUACUGGCAUGUCCACAUUUGGCCCCAAGUUCCUCGAGGCCCAAUUCAGCCUCAGUGCCUCGGAAGCCGCCACCUUGUUCGGGUACCUGGUGGUGCCGGCGGGUGGAGGUGGUACCUUCCUGGGCGGUUUCUUGGUGAACAAGUUCAAGCUGCGAGGCGCGGACAUCAUCAAGUUCUGCCUUCUCUGCACCCUGACCAGCCUCCUGGCCAUCUUCAUCUUCUUCCUGCACUGCCCCAACAUGCCCAUGGCCGGCGUGACGGCCACCUACAGCGGGAGCCCCCUGCCUGAGGGCCACCUGCAGCUGACAGCGGCCUGCAACGUUGCCUGUGACUGCCAGCCGGAACACUACAGCCCCGUGUGCGGCUCUGACGGCACCAUGUACUACUCGCCCUGCCAUGCCGGCUGCCUGGCCCCGGCCACCACAGACCCGGGUGGCCGGAAGGUGUACCGAAACUGUAGCUGUGUCCCCCAGAACCUUGCCUCUGGCUUUGGCCAGGCCACCGCAGGGACGUGCACCUCGGCCUGUCAGAGAAAGCCCCUCCUUCUGGUUUUCAUAUUCGUUGUAAUUCUCUUUACAUUCCUCAGCAGCAUUCCUGCGCUCACGGCCACCUUACGGUGCGUACACGACCAGCAGAGGUCCUUUGCUCUGGGCAUCCAGUGGAUUGUCGUUAGGACGCUAGGGGGCAUCCCGGGGCCCAUCAUCUUUGGCUGGGUGAUAGACAAGGCGUGCCUGCUGUGGCAGGACCAGUGUGGCGUCCAGGGCUCCUGCUUCGUGUACCAGAAUGCAGCCAUGAGUCGGUACAUGCUUGUCACCGGGCUCCUGUACAAGGGGCUUGGCUUCCUCUUCUUUGUGGCGGCCUGCUUCCUGUACAAGUCCCCCUCGGGGUCUUCCAACGGCCUGGAAGCUUCUCUGCCCAGCCAGUCCUCAGGCUCCGACAACCCCACGGACCUCCAAGAUGGCUCCUGUACCCUCCAGCACCAGAAUGGCGUCUGA